CGGCUCAGGGGGGCGCCUUCGUCUUCCGCCCUCUGAGACUCUCUCGGUGGUCUGCUCUUCACUCCGCGACCCCGGCCGAGGGUGGGAGCAGCGUGGGGUCGCAUCGGCCCGGGGCUAGUGUGGCCCGCCGCUCAGCCUGCAGCCAUGGAAUCCGGGCCGCCGGGCAGCUCCAGGCCCACGGAGCCGGGUCCUUGCCUGAGCAGUCAGCAAGGCGCGGACCAAGCGGCUUCCGCCUCACUGCAGAACGCGGCUGCGGCCCAGCCCGGACGCCACUCGCUCGCGGUGGCUGCGGUGUUGCCGGCGGGGGGGUGCGGAGAGAGGAUGGGUGUCCCCACCCCGAAGCAAUUCUGCCCCAUCCUGGAAAGGCCGCUCAUCAGCUACACCCUGCAGGCCCUGGAGAGAGUAUAUUGGAUAAAGGACAUUGUUGUGGCAGUAACUGGAGAGAACAUGGAAGUAAUGAAAAGUAUUAUUCAGAAGUAUCAGCAUAAACGCAUCUCACUGGUCGAAGCUGGAGUGACCCGCCACAGGUCAAUUUUCAAUGGACUAAAAGCACUGGCGGAAGAUCAGCUCAACUGUAAACCCUCUAAGCCAGAAAUAGUGAUUAUCCACGAUGCUGUGAGGCCAUUUGUUGAGGAAGAUACCCUCCUUAAAGUUGUCACAGCUGCUAAGAAACAUGGGGCAGCAGGAGCCAUUCGACCUCUUGUAUCUACUGUCAUUAGCCCAUCUGCUGAUGGUUGCUUAGACCACUCGCUAGAACGUGCAAGACACCGAGCAAGUGAAAUGCCUCAGGCUUUUCUAUUUGAUGUGAUUUAUGAAGCAUAUCAGCAGUGUAGUGACUAUGACUUGGAAUUUGGAACUGAGUGUUUGCAGUUGGCCCUAAAAUACUGUUGCACUAAAGCCAAACUUGUAGAAGGAUCACCUGACCUCUGGAAGGUGACCUACAAACGAGAUCUGUAUGCGGUUGAAUCGAUUAUUAAAGAGAAAAUUUCCCAAGAGAUUUGUGUAGUUACAGAGGAAGAUAACAAAUAUGUAAGUCAUCUUCUUGAAGAAGUGCUAAAAAGUGAAUUAAAUCAUGUAAAAGUCGCAUCUGAGGCUCUGUGUCAUGCUGGCAGAGAUCUUCAGCAAAUCAUCCUAGAUCAGUGCUACAAUUUUGUUUGUGUGAAUGUUAUGACUUCUGACUUUCAAGAAACCCAGAAGUUACUGAGUAUGCUUGAAGAAAGUAAUCUUUCCAUUUUAUAUCCUGUUGUUGUUGUUUCAGUUCAUUUUCUUGAUUUUAAAUUAGUACCUCCCAGUGAGAAAAUGGAAAGCCUAAUGCUGAUUAGAGAAUUUGCAAAGGAAGUAAAAAAAAGAAAUAUUUGGUUAUGUGGUCUUCUCAUAUCUUACCCACAGUAUAUUCCCUAAGUGAAGAAGGAAAGGGUAGGUCACAUCAUCUACAUCAUUUCUUUUCUUGGUUGCAUUAGGAAGAAUUGAGCUGAGAACUACUAUUCUGCCAUACCUGUCAGCCUUGCCAAAAUUGUCUGGUUUUUUUUUUUUUUUUUUUUAACAAAAAAUAGUUUUAUACUGUUUUCAUCAUAAUGCUUAGCUUUGGCUUUCUUUAUCAUAUUGGUGUCUUUCCAGAUGUGCUUCAGUAUGUAUUGAGCCUGAAUUGACCCUGCCCAUCUCCCACUCAAGCAUUCCCUGUCAUUCUUCCUGCUUUUUCUCUAUAACAGUUCAACACAAUUUGGCACAAAAUGCUUUACUUAUUCAUGCUGAUUGUCUUCUUUCUAGAAUAUGAAGCCAAAGAAGACAGAAUGUUUUUGUCUGGUUCACCACUUUAUUUCUAGCACUGGCAUGGUGCCUGUUGUAGUGUAGGCCCUCAGUGACUAUUGAGUGACCAAUAUGUAAAGUGCAAAAAUGAACAAACACUUGGAAGCUGUAUCAGGACAUCAUAGAUUUGAGUAGUAGUAUUUUUUUGUUUAAUGUACUACUCUAAUGGUUUCAGUUUACACUAUAGAUACUGUGUUCCUGAAAAUAUGUAAAAUAUUAACAGAAUAGUGGUUAAAUUAUUUAUAUAUAGUUUCAAGUUAUGGAGGUAAAAGUUAACAAAUUGCAGGCUAUUAUCAUUCACAAACGUUAAGUACAAAUGAUUUAUCCUAGGAAUUCAGAGAUAGUUUAAUAUUAAAAAUUCAGCUGUGGUAAUUUAUCAUACGUUUAAGUUAAAGAAAAGUUGGUGACAUCCUCUCAAUAGUUUGAGAGAAGAUGUGAUAAAAUUCAGCACCAAUAAUGAUAAACUCUUAGCAAAUUAAAGUGUCUUGGUAAAGUUAUAAUCCAAAAAUCUAAUUUGAACAUCAACCAUAAUGUGUUAGGAACAUUACCUUUAAAACAAAGAACAAGAAAAGAAUGGCUAUAAUCACCAUUUCUAUUGAACUUGGUAGUGGAUGCUCUAACUAGCACACUCAGAUAAAAGAGAAGUAAACGAAUAAAGGAUUAGAAAGUAAGAAACAGUCAUUAUGUUCAAAUAACACAAUUAUUUAAGAACUCAAAAGUUUUGCACAUACCAUCAACAUACUGUUGCAGCUUUUUUAUUCCUAUAAUUCAGCAGGCAGGAGUGUUACAGCUGUUUUAUUCCCACUGCCCUGCAGCUCAGUGAGCAAGAGCAUUAGCAACUGUUUCACUCCGACAUUUCAGCAAGUUGCAGGUUCUUUUCCCACAACCAAGAGGAAUAAGGUACUGGGACAUUGGAGAAGGGGGUAAGGCAGGGUAAAAUAUAUUGAGCGAAAGACAAGCUCUCGACACAAGAGGGGACCCGAAAGUGAGUAGUUGUUUUUGAGGCUAGUCUGUGGUUUAAAUGGACUGUGAAUGGGGGAAUGUGUGCCAUUUGGUUUAUGGGUGGGCUUGGAAAAGACACCAUUUGAUUGGUUAAAAGGCAUCAUUCAGAAAGAACCAAUUGAGAGAAAGUGAGUAAGAUGGUGAUGGAAGUUCUUACUCUGGUUCAUGAAUUCUGUCUGUAACUUGUAGGGUGGUUUUCCAGGCUUUAGGAUGUCCUUGGCUUGAAGGUAGAGUUUCACUGGGGACCUGCCCCUGUCUGCCUAGGAAUUUGUCUGUCUACUGUCACUAUCAAUACUUAGAUGUUUUUAUUUCAACAUAAAUGCGACAAAUUUAGAAGAUCCAAAUGCUGUGUUUUAUGAAAUUGAAUCAAACUAAAUGACGUAUGUGUGUACCUUUGAUCUCUCCUUUCAUCUUAGGAGAUAUGUGACUAUUUUAAUUCAUUUUCCUUGCAGUGAAUUUGACAUUUUCAUGUAUUCAUAUGUGUUAUAGUUUUCUUCAUUAUUAGACAUAGCUCAAAAAUACUAAGGAAAAAUGCUUAUAUAAAAAAACAUAAAAAUAAGAAUAGGACUCCUUUUGGAUUGGAAGAAUUCAGUGUAUCUGGUAGAGUGUUAAGCAAGAACAGUUUUUAAUACCUAUGUAUUAGGUAUUUUUUUCAGGUUUCUACAUGUUUUCUCACCACAUUACCGUGUGAAAAUUCAUUGUCUGUUAAGUUUGCAUUGUUGCUUAAGGGAAUUGAUGAUAUGCCAAUUUAAUACUCUUUCACAGUACUAGGCAUUUAAAUGUACCCAAUGCUUACACUUUAUAAAAAGCCUUGUGAGAAGUUUUUGACUUGAAAUUUCUUGUAAACAGAUUUUCAUUGACUUGUAAAAAAUCUUAAGACAUCAUAAGGUAGCUGCAGGUUUAUUAAUUAUAGAGUGACUAAAAAUCAAAUUAGGCAGCAACAUAUAUUUUUAAUUGGACUUUUAUGUGUCAGGUUAUUCCAGUGUUUUAAAUUUGUAGGCAUGUGAAUGCCAUGCAGACAAUAUUUAAUUUAGAUCAUACAUGUAGUACUCCCACAUGAUCAUUGUAGAUGUUGCUAUUAUUGUAAAUAAAUACUAUUGAUGUAAUAAAACUUUUUGGAAUACUUUACAUAUUUGCGGUUUGUAGUCUAACAUUUCCAAUUUCUGGUGUGAGAGAAUGCUUUCCAAUGUGAAUCACUUUGAUGAAGACUAAGUCACUUGGUGUGUAAGCAUAACCACUUUGCUUCUUGCAUAAGAACUCCUGAGAGGUGAUUGAAGUUUAUAUUUUUUGGAAAAAAGCAGUAACGUCCAUAGGAGCAAAGUCACUUUUCGAAGUUUACAGAUCUGACAGGGCAAAGUGGCUGAUGCCAGUAAUCCCAGCAGUUUGGGAGACUGAAGCAGGUGGAUCACCUGAGAUCAUGAGUUUGAGACCAGCCUGGCCAACAUGGUAAAACCCUGCCUCUACU